GCACAAGAUUAAUGCUCGUAUGGUCCCGCGCUUUCUAGCCACCUCAAACACAACAACCGUUGGAUCAAACACGACGCCAAAGACAUCCACCCUCACGCAUCGUAGGAGCGCUACAAGCAGCAAAGAAGCGACAUGUCGACCCCCGCGCCGCCUGAGGACCAGGCCCGCCUCCUCGAAGAUGCCUUGAUCGCUGUGCGCCAGCAAAGCACCCUCAUGCGCAAAUGUCUCGACACCCCCGGAAAGCUCAUGGAUGCUCUCAAGUGCUGCUCCACCCUUGUCUCGGAGCUUCGAACCAGCAGUCUGGGCCCCAAACAGUACUACGAGCUCUACAUGGCUGUCUUCGAUGCUCUCCGGUACCUCUCCGUCCACUUGCGCGAGAAUCACCCCGUUAACCACCUCGCCGACCUCUACGAACUCGUCCAGUAUGCCGGCAACAUUAUACCCCGCCUUUAUCUCAUGAUCACGGUCGGCACCGCCUACAUGUCCAUCGACGGCGCUCCCGUCAAGGAGUUAAUGAAGGACAUGAUGGACAUGAGCCGUGGUGUCCAGCACCCUGUUCGCGGUUUGUUUCUGCGCUACUACCUCUCCGGACAGGCACGCGACUAUCUCCCGACUGGCGACUCCGAAGGCCCAGAGGGCAACCUGCAGGACUCGAUCAACUUCAUCCUGACCAAUUUCGUUGAGAUGAACAAGCUCUGGGUUCGGUUACAACAUCAAGGACACUCAAGAGAGAGAGACCAGCGGACGCAGGAGAGGAAAGAGCUGCAAUUGCUUGUAGGAAACAACAUUGUCCGUCUAAGCCAGCUGGUGGAUCUGCCGACAUACAAAAAUGGCAUUCUGGCCCCCCUGCUGGAGCAGGUUGUGCAGUGUCGGGAUGUCCUGGCGCAGGAAUAUCUGCUUGAGGUCAUCACUCAGGUAUUCCCUGACGAGUUCCAUCUUCACACCCUCGAUCAGUUCCUCGCCGCUGUGUCCAGGUUAAACCCCCACGUUAACGUAAAGGGAAUUGUUAUCGGCCUGAUGGACAGACUAUCCGACUACGCCGAGCGAGAGGCGCAGAAUGAAGAAGGCGAGGAUAGGGGCCAGUUGGAGGAAGAAGCACUCGCGAACCUGCUGGAAAGGGUGAAACUCGCAAAAUCGGCUGCGGAAACCGAAGAAGCGAGCGCGCCGACACCCGAAGCCCCUGAAAAUGGGGAGCAUGCAGAAACUGAUGUGGGCUCGACCGAUGAAACUCUGAACGCCGAACCAUCAGUAGCAGAGACCGAGGCUACCGUGACAAAUGGAGAUGAAGUCGAACCAGCCAAGAAGCAUAGGGGCAUUCCCGAGAACGUGCCCCUAUACGAAAUCUUUUUCGGGCAGGUCAAGAACCUUGUGCAGGCGCAACAUCUUCCGAUCCAGGACACCAUCGCGCUGUGUGUAUCCCUUACGAACCUAGCUCUCAACAUCUAUCCUGAAAGGCUAGAUUAUGUCGACCAGAUCCUCGACUACGCCCACUCAAAGGUAAAAGAACACGCCAACAGUGCCGAUUUGCAUUCGCCGCCAGCGCAGCAGAGUAUCCUGGCCUUGCUUCAGGCGCCUCUCAAGAGGUAUGUGUCGAUAUUUACGGCACUCGCCCUACCUACAUACGUUCCUCUGUUCCAAUCACAAACCUAUCCUACGCGGCGGGCUGUUGCUGGCGAAGUGGCCAGACACCUGAUCAAGAACCAAACCCACAUCACUACCACGGCCAACCUCGAGAAUGUCCUGGAGGUGCUCAAGGUCCUCAUCAAAGAAGGGUCGCAAGCGCCGUCUGGCUACCCCGGUGUCGUGCAGCAGCGCGGCCGUGCCCUGGAGACAGACGAGACUUUGGAGGAACAGGGCUGGCUGGCCCGCCUUGUCCACCUCCUCCAGGCGGAGGAUAACGACACCCAAUUCCGCCUCCUGCAGAUGACAAGGAAGGCCUACGCCGAGGGCAACGAGCGGAUCCGGACCACGACGCCGCCUCUCAUUACCGCCGGCCUCAAGCUCGCCCGACGCUACAAGGCUCGCGAGCACUACGACGAUAACUGGCAGUCGCAGUGCUCCGCGCUCUUCAAGUUCCUCCACUCGGCCAUCUCGACCCUCUACACGCGCGUCAACGGCGCCGGCGCCGCCGAGCUGUCCCUGCGCCUUUUUUGCUCGUGCGGUCAGAUGGCCGACAAGACCGAGUUCGAGGAGGUGGCAUACGAGUUCUUUGCGCAGGCCUUUACGGUGUAUGAGGAGGCGAUCAGCGACUCCAAGGCGCAGUUCCAGGCCGUUUGCGCGAUUGCCAGCGCUCUGCACCGCACACGCAACUUUGGAAAGGAGAACUACGACACGCUCAUCACCAAGUGCGCGCAGCACGCGAGCAAGCUGUUGAGGAAGCCGGAUCAGUGCCGGGCUGUCUAUCUGGCCAGUCAUUUGUGGUGGGCGACUCCUAUUGCUAGUAACGGGGAGACCGAGGAGACUGAGCUUUACCGAGACGGCAAGCGUGUUCUCGAAUGCCUGCAGCGUGCCCUCCGUGUUGCAGAUUCGUGCAUGGAGACUGCCACCUCGAUCGAGUUGUUUGUUGAGAUCUUGGACAGAUACGUGUAUUACUUUGACCAAAAGAAUGAAUCGGUUACCACAAAGUACCUCAACGGCCUUAUCGAGCUUAUACACUCCAACCUGGCCGGUAACCAGCAAGACUCGGCCUCGGUCGAGGCCAGCCGGAAGCACUUUAUGCAGACCUUGGAGAUUAUCAGGAGCAAGGAGUACGAGGGCAUCGUGCUUACUCCCAAGUAAGCAGUAAGCAGCAGAACUUUUUUUGAGUCUUGUUGUUAUUGUAACAAAAGCCCAACGGCGGACGGAACGAGAUGAGAUGUGACGAGAUGCGACACCAGAUGAGCGAUGAUGAUGCAGUUACAUGAUGGAUGGACAGGACAGGACAGGACAGGAAACCCAAACCCCCAAUGAUACGAUAGCUAUAACCAACCCACCGUACGUAGAUAUGUAAUGACGGAGAGCAAGGCGUCGAGAGCCGCAGUUCAGUGUACAUUUCGGGGACUACAAUCAGCUCUAUGAAUG